AUGGCUCCUCGCGGAGGCUUCGAGGACGAGGAGCUCACCAUCUCCCUGUCCUCGUCCCACCAUGCUCGCGACGCCGCCGCCGCACCAUCGCCUUCGUCGUCCAAGCCCAGCUCCCGAGCCAGCGCCAUGGACCCCCCCCUGCGCGACAGGUCCAAGGCCGAGCAGCGCAUCGGCGCCUACAAGAUCGUCCGCACCCUCGGCGAGGGCUCCUUUGGCAAGGUCAAGCUGGCCAUCCACCACGGCACCGGCCAGCAGGUGGCCCUCAAGAUCAUUGCCAGGAAGAAACUCAUCAGUCGCGACAUGGCAGGCCGUGUCGAGCGAGAGAUUGAGUAUCUCCAGCUGCUGCGCCACCCGCACAUCAUCAAGCUGUACACCGUCAUCAAGACCCACACCGAAAUCAUCAUGGUCCUCGAGUACGCCGGCGGCGAGCUAUUCGACCACAUCGUCCAGCACGGACGCAUGAGCGAGUCCGAGGCCCGUCGCUUCUUCCAACAGAUGCUCUGUGCUGUCGAGUACUGCCACCGACACAAAAUCGUCCAUCGCGACCUCAAGCCCGAGAAUCUGCUCCUCGACGAGCAUCUCAACGUCAAGAUUGCCGAUUUCGGUCUGAGCAACAUCAUGACCGACGGCAACUUCCUCAAGACAAGCUGCGGGAGCCCCAACUACGCCGCCCCCGAGGUCAUUGGCGGCAAGCUCUACGCCGGCCCCGAGGUCGAUGUCUGGAGCUGCGGCGUCAUUCUCUACGUGCUCCUCGUCGGAAGACUGCCCUUUGACGACGAACACAUCCCUAGCCUCUUUGCUAAAAUCGCGAGGGGAACCUACAGCAUCCCUCCCUGGAUGCCGGCCGGUGCCGCCAACCUCAUCAAGAAGAUGCUGGUGGUGAACCCCGUGCAGCGGGCCACCAUUGAGGAGAUCAGGCAGGAUUCGUGGUUCGUGACUGACCUGCCCGCCUACCUCCAGCCCCCCGUCGAAGAGUUCCUCAACACCGGCGUUGACCCCAACAAGGCGAUUGAGACGUGCGACAUUGCUCCCAAUGCAUCCACGCAGGUGCAAGAGAAGCUGCACAACGAGGUGACGGAAAAGAUUAGCAAGACUAUGGGAUACGGGAAGAAUGACGUCGAAGAGGCGCUGCAGUCAGAGGAACCGUCGGCCAUCAAGGACGCGUACAUGAUUGUCAGAGAGAACAAGUUGAUGCAAGUCAAUCAAAACCCCGACGGUUUAAAUCCGGAAUCGGAGGAGGCUUCGAGCCCCAUGAUGAGCAUGUCGUCUGCUCGAUCGGGCCUGUCGCAGAGCGGCAUCUCGUCCCGCCCAUAUGUGAGCAAAGUCGGCAUCUUGCCCAGCAGUCUCCCUGCCUACCACAAGGACUUUAUGGAACGGAAGAAGGCUGGUGGGGAGCAUGACGAAGCGUCGACAUCCGCCCCCCACGAGGAGCCAUCGUCGUCCAGGACCGACGCGGAAAAGGAGGAGGCAGCACGCCGCCUCAAGCCGCACACACGUUCCCAGUUACGAAUCGACGAGGCCGCAAAACGCCCUCAGGGCAUGACGCCAAUGAACCCACCCAAGAAGCCCAGGCCUGUGCGUUGGCAGUUUGGCAUACGGUCCCGAAACGCGCCCUGGGAGGCGCUGCUCUGCAUCCACAAGGCGCUUUACAAGUUGGGGGCCACCUACAUACCGGAUGAAGACUACGUCCGGAUCCACCGCAAGGGAAGCGAGGCGCCCAGCGGCGAUGGCAGCUUCGCCGACGACUACGACGGAGCUCCUCCGCAGCACGAUGCGAAUGCUGACCUGGAUCCGGCCAAGAGGUACAGAUUACCCGCCGACCCCUGGCACAUCAAGGUCCGGUGGGAAUCUGCCACCAUCAAGCGCAAGACAAAAAGCACGCCGCAGCCCACGCAGGGCGGCUUUUCCGGCACACCGGAAAGCUAUCACGUCUUUUCACCCAAGGAUCCGGUCAAAAAGGCCUUUGUCGCACUACAUCUCGACAUCCAGAUCUACGAAAUGGAGCAAGGGGUCUACCUGGUGGAUUUCAAGUGCUCCGGGUAUGAGACGCCUGACGGCAUGCUCCUCGAAGAAAAGGAAGUGACAAGCCCGUUUCCAUUCCUCGAUAUGGCGGCCAAGUUAAUCAUGCAGCUUGCGGAAGCGGACUGA